AUAACCAGGAAAUCAGUGUGUGAAUAUUCUGUUUCUCUCUCUAACCUGUCGAACUGGAGAUGCUGCUUAUAGCCUGCUGCAGGCUCUUGAACUCAAAGUACAGCAGUGGAGCAAACGUCACUGUGAGGAGGGAGAUAUAAAGAGCUCCUGCCUGUCAGAGUGUGAGAGACAUCACUCGCUACAGCUGCAGGAUGGCUCACCUCAGUGCAACAGUGAUAGUCGGAGUGACUGUGACUUUCUGUCUUCUGUCCAUUACGCCGGCCUGUGGCUGGUAUAAGCAGACAUCAAGCCCUCGUUACUACGCAGUUGGGAGAGCGUCUGGGCUACUGCAGGGUAUCCGGCGGUCCGAGUACAUGCGACGAGGGGGGAUCAAGGAGGGCUCCACUCGCGAUCUGGCAAAGCUCAGAGACUUGGCAGCAGACGAGUGGAAGCAUCCGCUGAUUGAAGAGUGGGACUCUGCAAUGAUGUGUGUGAAGAAGGUCACUCCCCAGUUAAGCAGCUGUACAGCCAUCGCUGAAGACCCAUCGAUCUUCAACUGUAAGGCCAAGGUCCAGCUGACCUUUGAUGUAAACGACUGUGACUCCAUGGAACAUUGAGCAGGCGAGGGGAGGAAGUCUGAAGGAAAGGUGGGAGACCGGAGAAGGACAAGAGGCAAAGAGCAUGAAUUAGCCAACCUAUAAACCAACGUCUACUGCUCUCAACAUGAAUCCCAAAACCAAGUCUGUUUGUCUGUUGUGAAAUUUGUAAUUUAAUUGUGACAUAUAAUUGUGGAACUUCACCUGCUUUAAAAGAGAAUGUUGAAUAUUCAGUUUAUGUGAAAUAAGAUUAAAUAUAAGACAAUCACUAAUAAAUCCAAUGGAGAAUUCAGGAGGAACUUGUUUCACCAGAGAGCGGUGAGAAUGUGGAACUCAUUACCACAGGGAACGGUUGAGGUGAAUAAUGCAGAUACAUUUCAGGGGAAGCUGGAUAAACAUGAGGGAGAAAAGAAUAGAAGGUUAUGCUGAUAGGGUGAGAUGAUGAAUGGAGGGAGGAGGCUCAAGGGGAGCAAAAACAUGAUGGGCCAAAUGCCCUGUUUCUGUUCUGUGAACUUAAUGUAAUUAAAUGAAAUUUAAUGCAGAGAAAUGUAAAGCGAUUCAUUUUCAUUGGACAAGCAAGGGGAGGCAGCUUAAAAGGGAUAACUCUAAAUGGGGUGCAGGGGCAGUGGGACCUUGCGGUAUAUGUUUAUAAGUCUUUGAAGGUGGCAGGACAGGUUGCGAGAGUGGUUAAUAAAGCAUACCGUAUUCUAGACUUUAUAAAUAUGGGCAUAGGGUGCAAAAGUAAGGAAGUUAUGAUAAACCUGUAUAAAACACUGGUUCAGCCUCAACUAGAGUAUUGUGUCCAUUUCUGAGCACCACACUUCAAGAAAGAUGUGAAGGCUUCAGAGGAGAUAGGGCAAAACCGAUGGAUGGAUCGAGAACCAGAGGGCACUGAUUUAGGGUGCUUGGCAAAACAAGCAAUGGCGACAUGAGGAAAAGCGAGUGGUUAGGAUCUGGAAUGCGCUGUGUGUGAGUCUGGUGGAGGCAGAUUCAAUGGAGGCACUCAAAAGGAACUGAAGUGAGAAGAUUUGCAGGGCCACAGGGAAAAGGCUGGGGAGUGACACUAGGUGAGCUGCUCUUGCAGAAAGCCAGCAUGGACACAAUGGGCUGAAUGGCCUCUUUCUGUGCUGUAACCGUUUUAUGAUUCUCUGAUUGUGUUCUGUUUGUAGAAGCUAUGGGAUAAUCCCUCUAACAAAACCACAGGAGGUUAAAACACUUCACGUUUGUUGCUUGUUUGGUGGAUUUCAUCGAAGCUGGAAAUAGGGUUUCCACAAUUAGAUUAUAAAGGGAAAAAUCAGCCAGGAUUCUUGCUUCUGAUGUGACACCAGUAGCCCCAUUCUGUUCCAUAGAAUCAUACAGCACAGAAAGAGGCCAUUCGGCCCAUCACGCCAGUGCUGGCUCUUUGAAAGAGCUAUCCAAUUGGUCCCACUCCCCACGCUCUUUUCCCAUAGCCCAGCAAAUUUGAAAGUUGCUGCUUCCACCACCCUUUCAGGCAGCAGGUUGCAGAUCACCACAACUCGCUGCAUCAAAACUGUUUUCUC